ACGAACACUCAACAACAUUACAGGAGAUACGCGUGGGAACAGCAGCCCACUGGAAAAGCAGAAGCAGAGUAGAAGACAGAAGAGGGUGUGCAAAACAAACGUGUCAGAGCCUGUUGGUCUGUCUCUGUGUGUGUGUGUGUGUGUGUGUGUGUGUGUGAGCUCAGUGUGUUUCCACGGUUCUCCUGAGGCCGUGGCAGCCAUGGCGUCAGAGCCUAGCACCCAGUCCAGGGUGAUGUUCCAGGCAGCGGACAAAACACAGGAGCCAGCGCACCGCAAGCUGGGCAAGCUGACAGUCAAAUACAACCGCAAGGACCUGCAGAGGAGGCUGGAUAUCGAGGAAUGGAUCGACGGGCAGCUGCACCUGCUGUUUGACUGUGAGGAGGAAGAGAUUCCAGAGUUAGAGAUUGACAUAGAUGAGCUCCUGGAGCUGACAGACGAGGGGCAGAGAACCCGUCUGCAGGAGCUGUUGCAGGAAUGUGGAAAGCCAAAAGAGGAUUUUAUCAACGGGCUGCUCUACAGGAUAAAGGGUCUACGCAAAAUGUCCGGCCCCUUGAAGAAAUAAUUAUAGGUCAAAUAACGAAUGGAGACAAUGUGGAGCCUCUUAUCUUCCCAUCUCCCAUGUGUUAACUGUAACAUGUCAGUGGGACUCUCUUCCUGCCCUCUGCCACCCCUUUUUGGCUCUUAACACCAGAGCAGACAAGUUUUGAAUGGAAUUUUUUUUUCACUUUAAUUUAUGGACUGCUAUAACAUUUUGUCUUAAACAUACAUACCAAUAAUGCACAUGUGAUAAAAGCUGUACCGACUAUCACUCAGACGGACUGUUUUUUUUUUUUUUGUGGAAGACUGUCACUGUACAUUU